AUGUCCACGCGGUACGGUACGGUACGUGGCAGAGAUAUCAUUAAUGGGACUGAGAAGGCAAUCCAUAGCCUCGUGGUCUCUGUGAGCUGUAGGCUUGAGAUGCAACACCAGCUCUGUGCCUUCCACAGCAAUCCACAAACAUGGCCUAAGAGAGAACACCUGACUCCCAACGACCCGCUCCCAUCGUCCACUCCUCACCUCGAGUGUAAACUUGGGCUCCUGUGGUUCCUGCUCAUCCUGGUCAGCCUCGUCCCGUCUCGGUCUCAUGCUGCUGCCGUCUUUAGGAUAGGAGUCGUGGGACCUUGGAACUGUGACCCCAUAUUUGCCAAGACCAUGCCGGCCGCUGCCGCCCAGCUCGCGGUCAGCAGGAUUAAUCGGGACGCCUUGCUGUCGAAGAUUGCCACCUUUGACUACGUGAUUCUGGAGGAGGAUUGCGAGACGUCCCGCGCUCUCGGUCGCUUCCUGCGCUACUACGCGCGGGCCGCAGCCUUCGUAGGGCCCGCCAACCCCGGUUACUGGGACGCCGCCUCGCUACUGGGCAAAAGCUGGGGCAAGGUGGUGUUUUCUUGGGCCUGUGUGGGCAGCGAGCUGGACGAGCUCCGUAGGCAUCCCAACUUUGCCUGCACCGUGCCACUGCCCACCCUCGUGCUGCUGAGAGUCAUGCGCCACUUUCGCUGGGCGCAUGUUGGCAUCAUCUCGUCCGCGGAUGACAUUUGGGUGGAGACGGCCAGUAAGUUGGCCAAUGCCUUGCGCGGACACGGCUUGCCCGUAGGUAUUGUGGCAUCUGUGGGCAAUGACCCUGACAGCAUGCGCAAGACCUUGGCCAAGGUCAAGAAAAUGGACGAACUACGGAUGGUGGUGCUCUGCAUGCACUCUGUCCUGAUCGGCGGCCAGGUCCAGAAGCUGAUGCUGGAGACGGCCCACGACAUGCGUCUGACCGACGGCUCCCUGAUGUUUGUGCCCUACGACACGCUGCUCUACAGCCUACCCUACAUGGACGUGCCUCACCCCGCACUGCGCAACAACAGCAAACUGCUGCGUGCCUACGACGCAGUGCUGACCAUCACCGUGCAAUCCCAGCAGCACUCCUUCUACCAGGCCUACCAGCAGGCUGUGGAGGCAGGGGAGCUUCCCUCCCACAUCAAACCUCAACAGGUCUCCCCACUGUUUGGGACCGUCUACAACUCUAUCCUGUACCUGGCCCACACCAUGAAGCACAUGAGGGACUCAGGACAGCGCAUCUACGGGGGAAACCUCGUCAGCCACUCUCGCGGCGUGUCUUUCCAGGGCUUCAGUCACCCGGUCCGGAGUAGCACCUCCGGAGCGGGCCUGCAGGACUUUGUGAUCCUGGACACGGACGGGCUGUCGUGGGAGCUGCGCCCGACGCACAGGGUGGAGAUGGAGCUGGACAUGGUGAGGUACCUGGGCAAGCCCAUUCACUUCCCCAACGGAGUGGCCCCGAAGGCAGACGCCGGCUGCUGGUUCACAAACAGCAUCAUCUGCUCAGCAGGUGUGGACCCUUUUGCUGCAGUUAUCAUGUCAGUGUUGAUGUUUCUGGUAUUCCUCUGCUGUGCUGGGAUCUACUACUAUAUUAGGAGAAAACUAAGUCAGAUUAGUAUGGUCAGAGGCCCCAAUAGGAUCAUGCUGACCCUGGAGGAUGUUACUUUUAUCAACCCAUCUCUUAGCAACAAGAAAUUCAGUAUUCACGAUGACAGUAGAGUCAACAGCGUGAUGAGGAAGAGCAGUUCUUCUCGGAGCUUAAAGUCGCACAUCUCCUCCGUGUCACCUGCCACGCACGAGAACUCCAAUGUGGCACUCUAUGAGGGUGACUGGGCCUGGCUGAAAAGACUCCCACAUGGAGAUUUCAAGACCAUUACACCUGGCACCAGUGAUGUGUUUGGGGUGAUGAUGCAGUUGAGACAUGAGAAUGUCAAUUCUUUUCUGGGUUUCUUCCAUGACUGUGGAGUCUUUGCCAUCAUGACAGAGUUCUGCACCCGUGGAAGCCUGGAAGACUUGCUCAUCAAUGAUGAUGUUCCUCUUGACUGGAUGUUCAAAUCCUCUCUGAUAAUGGACCUCAUAAAGGGCAUGAAGUAUUUACACUACAAGAAUGUUUGUCACGGCCGACUGAAGUCAAGGAACUGCCUUGUUGAUGGACGCCUUGUACUUAAAAUCACAGACUAUGGCUACAAAGAGGUGUUGGUGGCAGAGAAGUUCCCCUAUGAAGAACAACUGGCUGAGGACCUUCUUUGGACUGCUCCUGAGAUUCUGCGAGGUCCCUCUCCAGGCCAUAAUGGCAGUUUCCCAGGCGACGUGUACAGCUUUGCCAUCAUAAUGCAAGAAGUACUGAUGCGUGGACUGCCAUACUGCAUGCUGGAGCUCUCUGCUGAAGAUAUCGUUGAGAGGAUCCGCAGGCCUCCGCCGCUGUGCCGGCCUGAAGUGACCAGUAGAUACGCCCCUAUGGAGGGCAUCCAGUUAAUGAAACAAUGCUGGGCGGAAGAACCUGAGAAACGACCAACCUUUGAGCAGAUAUUUGAUCAGUUUAAGACCAUAAACAAAGGAAGAAAGACAAAUAUAAUAGACUCCAUGUUGAGGAUGCUGGAGCAGUACUCCUCUAACCUGGAAGAUCUUAUUAGAGACAGGACUGCGGAACUGGAGAUGGAAAAACUGAAGACAGAGAAACUUCUAACUCAGAUGCUUCCUCCGUCAGUGGCGGAGUCCUUGAAGCAGGGCAGUGUGGAACCUGUGCACUUUGACAGUGUGACCGUGUACUUCAGUGACAUUGUGGGUUUCACAACCAUCUCAGCCAACCUUGAGCCCAUUGAGGUGGUGGACGUACUCAAUGAUCUCUACUCGCUGUUUGAUAAUGUCAUUGGCAAUCAUGACGUCUAUAAGGUGGAGACCAUCGGUGACGCCUACAUGGUAUCAUCAGGAUGCCCAGUGCCAAAUGGGAACCGCCAUGCUGCUGAAAUAUCCAAUAUGGCACUGGACAUCUUGAGUGCAGUGGACAACUUCAAGAUGAAGCAUAUGCCAGACGUGCCUUUGAGGAUACGCAUAGGCAUACACACAGGCUCAUGUGUGGCUGGAAUUGUGGGCUUAACAAUGCCGAGGUACUGCCUGUUUGGAGACACCGUCACCACUGCCUCCAGAAUGGAAUCAACAGGAAUACCCCACCGAAUCCAUAUUCACAACAGCACAGUUCAGAUUCUCCUCAGUUUAAAGGAAGGCUACCGGGUGGAGUUAAGAGGCAAGGUAGAAUUAAAGAACAAGAUACCGGAAGACACAUAUUGGCUGAUUGGAAAAGAUGGCUUCACCAAACCUCUCCCAGGAUCAGGAGGCCACAAGGAUCUGAAGGUGCUUCUCCAUAAAGCGGUCAGGAAGAUCUCCACUGUGCGUCAGGUGGCUCAGCUCGGCAUGAUGGACGAAGGCAACGUCAUGAUGCACCACCACUAA